CACACUCCUACACCCCCCGGCUCAUAUAAAGGUAGCACAAAUCACAGGCCGUCCCCGGGCUGCCCUUUUUUCUUGUUGAUGGUUAGACUCUGCGAGAGAAGGAUGAAGUUCCUUGUGGCUGUCACGGUCAUCGUGGGAUCAUUGAUUUUCCUCGCUUUCCCGAACGGCUCGUCCGCUGACGAGAAGAAGAAAGGCCCCAAAGUGACUGCGAAGGUGUAUUUUGACAUCAGGAUCGGAGAUGAGGAUGUCGGAAGAGUCGUUAUCGGAGUGUUUGGGAAAACGGUUCCCAAAACAGUCGACAACUUCGUCGCUUUGGCGACUGGAGAGAAAGGAUUCGGCUACAAGGGCAGCAAAUUCCACAGAGUCAUCAAGGAGUUCAUGAUCCAGGGUGGAGACUUCACCCGAGGAGACGGCACCGGAGGAAAGAGCAUCUAUGGAGACCGCUUCCCCGACGAGAACUUCAAGCUGAAGCACUACGGCGCCGGCUGGCUCAGCAUGGCUAACGCCGGCAAAGACACCAACGGCUCUCAGUUCUUCGUCACCACCGUCGCGACUCCAUGGCUGGACGGCAAACACGUCGUCUUUGGAAAAGUUCUGGAAGGGAUGGAUGUGGUGAGCAAAAUCGAGAGCACAAAGACAGAUGGCCGUGAUAAGCCUCUUAAAGACGUCGUCAUCCACGACUGUGGCAAAAUUGAAGUGGAGAAGCCAUUUGCAGUGGCCAAGGAGUAGAGUGCUGCUGAGGGGAGAAAAGGUUGGGGAAACAGGACUGAGGCGGGGAUGGGGGAGGGGGUGGGAAUCGUGCAGGCCACCUUGUUUUAUCACCAACAGCCCCAUGGUCCUGGAGAAGGGGCUUUUUGGGGUCAAUCUGUGUCGGUGGCUGCUGUCUUAAAGCACCAGAAGAGCAUUUACAUUAAGCAAUCAUGACGACACUCUGGGUCCAUUUACCAACGAGCAUUCCAAGGUGCACUUAACUGUUGUUUUUUUUUUUUU